AUGAGACAAAGAGAUGCAUGGAUGAUUUUGGUAUAUACGAAUCAGUAUGCAAAUUCACAUUAUCCUCAAAUCAAUGAGGUAUUACCAAAUCCAAUCAUCACUGACUUGGACGGUGAUGGAAAGAAUGAUCAUAAGAUUAGAAUUGUAGAUCCUGUGUUGGCAGAUGAUUCUGUGGUCGGUGGAAAAUCGACUUCCAUGGGAAAAGCUAGUCUUCGCUAUGAAGUUUCUCUGGCGUCUAAAGUUGGUUUGUCCAGCGGCAGAAGAAUAGUGGCGCUACAGACUGGCUAUGCAACACCGUACAUCAGUAGAACCAGUUCGACGCAGCUGGUGGUCGUUGUCACUGAGGAGUGGGAAGUACUGGUGUUUGAUCACCAGCUGAAACCGCUGUGGGAGCGUUACGUCGUCGAUGAAAUACCAAAGAAUCACUAUCAUUCCGAGGUUACGAUACAGGUGGUUUCGAACGGACUGAUCAUUGUCGGUGGACGUCUCGAAGCGAUACCGAACGAACUGCACCGCUCGCAUAUCACACCGGCAAUUGGAAUCGACCCGAAUGCACUGGCAUCGAAAGUCGGUACUCUAGAUGAAGGUGAUCCAACCGCUGCUACUGCCACUGGAGAAACAGCCAGUAAAGAAGGCGAUGCUCAUGCUCAUGACCAUGAGAAAGAAGAGGUUCAUAGAGAUGAGAAUCAUUUCUCAUUCUAUGCUUUCAGUGCUUACAAUGGACAGAUGCAUUGGCAUCACGAUGAACUAUCGUUCCUACCGGAGAAUACUCAUGCCGAUGAGGAACAUCACGACGAGAAACGUCAUAGCUAUAAGCAACAUGUGUAUUCGCUGUUGGAGCACAUCGGUGAGGUCAGUUGGAAGAGCUACAAGCAGUCGAUGCUCGCGGCAAUGCCACAUCGUUGGUCGUCAAAGUUUGAUACUCGUUUCCAACUGGCGCAUUUCGAGAAGCAGGGGGCGAACAGACACAACCCUACCAAGGGAAACAACGAAGCCGAUUGGAAUACCGAGGUAAUUGGAGUACAUCCAUCGCAUUUUGAAGGACUUACCGGUGGAAAUAGCGCGCCCGCACAAUACCCACAUGCAGAGACCGACCACAUCGACGAGCCAAACGUGGUGAUUGCCCACACCAAAGCGGGAAUGGAAGUUAUUCAGCUACAGAAUGGUAGAACUCUCUGCAAGCUGCUAUUGGACUCAACAAAUAAGGCAGAGAAUAGCGAUCACUACAUUACCUACACCGAUUUGAAUAACGAUGGAGUGGUCGACCAGGUUCAUGCGAUUGCCGGCAACUUGCCAGGCUCGUCGAUGUUCUCGAGGAAUAGAAGACAGGAGAUUUGUUUGGCUCUAGGAAUGUCUGGUUUGCCACCACGUGACUACCUUUUCAAUCGAUCGAUUUGCCAUGAGGGUGGAAUGGAUUUCGACUAUUUCUUCUGGCGAAGCUCGCCAGCUGCCGAAGUUUCGCGUGGCGCACAAACAGUGGCGCCUGCCAUCAUUGCCAGCGCCAACACAGUUGCCGGAUCGGCCAAGCUCAACGACGUUGUAUUCCUUGUAAACAGCGGUAAGAUUACGAGUGUUCGCCACACUGGACGUGCCAACUGGCAGCGCGACACUGACGCGCGCUGGCAGAAAGACGGCCAACCCUAUCCGCACCCGUCAAUCCAAGCAUUCUCACUGGAGGUGUACGGACCGAAAACAAAUCUGUUGGCGGUAGCCGAUCACAUUGUGAUUCUCGAUCAACAGGGUGAGAUUCUCAUCAGUGAGAGACUUGGAAAGAAGGGUAGUCAGAAGUUGGCGGGUGGAAUGAGUGCGUCAAAGAGCCAUGCCGCUGGCGAGCAAGAGCACUAUCAACCAACCGAUGCUGCAGCGUUGAGUGUAAUGCCAAUGGGACCACCAAUUAUCGGUGAUCUAAACAACGAUGGUUACAACGAUGUCAUUGUGCCAACGGUUCACGGAUACUAUGUCUACCAACUGGAGCGUGGACACUCCACAUUCAUCCUCUCGCUCUUUGUCAUUAUCAUAUCACUCGCUUUCACAGUGAUGUUAUAUCUUGGACUUGGAAACCAAUCAACAUCUUCAUCACAUUCAUCAUCAUCUUCAUCGACAACUUCAAGAUUAUUUGGUCUCAACAACACACUCAAAUCACAGAAAAAUAGUUCAUCUUCUAAAUUUACACCAAAAAAUCUCAGCACCGCUUUUGUAAGCAAUAUCAUUGGAAACACCACCAGUGGAAAAAGAUCAACAGACUAA